CAAAGUAAAAUGAUUAUGCAAGAAUACUUCCCUAUUAAGAAACAAUCCUCAUUCAAUGUUGUUAACAAUUCCAAUAACAACAACAAGUCUUUAAAUGUUAUUGAAAAGAAACUUUCUAAAAAUCCUUUAGAUAAUUUUCAAGUACUUGUUAGUGCUCGUCCUUCUAAACAAGUUUUCAUUCCAACUGUAUCAUCUAAUGUUGUUGAAAAUUCCAUUAUUGUUAAGAAAUUUCCAUUUCCAUAUUUGAAAAGAAAGUCAAUUAGAGUUGAUUUGGUUUUGAAACAACAAAAAUUGGCACAACAAAAGAAGAAUUCAUCACCUAUUCAAAAAUUGAGAAAUGAAAAGAAACAAUUAGAAUUAGAAAAUUCCAAAUUGAAAUCUAAAUUACUAAAUUUAGAAAAUCAAUUUAAUCAAUUAAUUAAUCAAAAAUCAAAGAAAAUGGUAACAUUUAAACAAGAAUGUGAAUGUACUAAAUGCCACAUGUCAAUUAAUUCUAAAUAUAUGAAAUAUCAUAAGAGAAUAUGUGGAAAUGUUAAAUUAAAUAGAAUUUUAAAUGAAAAUGAUUUAAAAAGUUUACAAUUAAUUAAAAAGAAUAAUCAACAAGAACAAUUAUCAAUUAAACCAAAAAAUAAUUGGAGAAGAAAGAGACAAGAAUUUAUUAGACAAGUAAAAUCUAUCAAAAGAAAUAAUUUGUAAAAUAUUUAAUAAAAAUUAAAUACAACUCUGA